UACUGGUAAUGGGAUUUGCGGAUAUACCACCAAAUAGGAUAUCCCGAAUAUCCCUAUGUGUUUCACAGCUCCCGUUAAACAGUCUGUUUCGAUUGAAGAGUCUGGUUGGGCGACUUGAAGAGACCGACCAAGUCAUGUGAUGUUCAGGUUGCUGACCAAUUUGUUCAUCCUUCAACUUCAACCAGGCAUUUUGCUCCUCUCCCUCCAACAUGGCAGUGGACAAUCCCCCGUUGUAGGGGAAGUUCGUCCUUCAGCAGCCAUGUUUGAUUGAUGGAGAGGGUCCACGUUUGUGGUAUCUCACCCACCGUUCAUCCUUGAAGCGUCUGGAGACACUCGGAACGAUGUGGCCCAUUUCGCCGGUCGGUUCCACACACGCUCGCCUCUCGCGGAGCGUGCUGAGGGUCAGACCCGCCAGAAUUGCAAAUACACGCACAGCUGCACACAUUGCAUGCCAACUAAAACUAGAGGUAGAGAUUCCCACACCCGGGUGAAGGCUGAUUUGAUUCACACACAGACACCGUCUUUCCAGAAGGCAGACAGGUGAAGGCAAUUGGGGGCCCUCAUGUUUGGCUGCGUAGCUGCGAAUGGUUUCACAUGAGUGAGUUGAAAUCUCCGCCGUCGCAGGGACAGAAGCACAUCGGCAAUCGCUUGCACUACAAGUUUACUCGGCUUUGUACUUUCUACCAAUCUGGUACUUGCUCUCGAGGCUUGAACUGCUCAUUUGCUCAUAGUCGGGAUGGCCUACGUCAACAGCCGGACUUCUUCAAGACGCGGCUGUGCGAAGACUUUCGGCGGGGCAGUUGCACUGCAGGUCCCAACUGCAACUUUGCCCAUGGGAGCGAAGAGAUGAAGAGAGUGGCGCACGAAAGGCGCCACCUGCGAAAGGAACCGAACCAGCUGCCCUUGGACGUGCGCCCAGGUGGCGCUUCAGGCUUUGGAGGCGACUAUGUGGAGCCCCAGGUGAUCCGAAGGGAAAAGUCGAGUUCCUCCAACAAAGUGAGCAAGGCGAGCUCAGGCCAUACCGGAGGAGUGCCAAGACCUCUCUAAUGUGGCACCGGAUGCGAGUACGCUGCCGCCAGCGUUUGGCUGGAGGAACGGGGAGGCGUUCUGGGGGUUUGCCCGUUCACCCAGCAGCCGGCCGACGUCCCUGACGUUUACGACCCGACCCGCGUCGCGACGAAGGCGAGGUGAGCGCCCAAGGGGGUCGACCACUGACCCCUGAACCUCAGAAUGUCUAGUGUUGGGGCAUCCCAGUCACUGGGUUUGGGGUGAAAUGCUUAUCCCAGUGCGCUACAUGACACUUUUUGUGUUGCGCUAAGCAGCAGCUUCGUUUGCGGUGGUUCCGGCGUGCGUAGCACGAGACCCGGAAAAAGCGGGUGAACAGAUCAGCGUCGCCAAAUGUGCCAUGCUUUCAGUUCCAGAUGGUCACAAAAGAGUCACAAACAUAUAAAAAGGGACGAGCGAAUUCUGACAAUUGCUUAAGAGCAUGUUGUGGGAAAGGAUUCCUGUGGAUUCCUGACGGAUGGAUUCCAUUCCUGAUGGCCUAUGUCAUCCCAUGAAAGCUCCGUGUUUUUCCCCAGAGAGCGAAGCUUGCUUGUUCCAGCCAGUCGCAUGUCAACAGGUCGUGGGGUUCCAAGCUAUCUGGGUCUAUGCUGGUGUUAUUGGUAAACUGUUUGGUCGUUCCAUGGAGCUGACCCGCCACGGUUCGAAGUGAGGAACUCUUAUGCGGUCCAUGGGAUUCUGCCACGCCUCUGGGUGCAGCCAUUCUUCCAAGCCGCUAGAUGAUCUGGAACUUUGAGGGGUGACGGAUGGCUUAUGGGUGGCUAGCCAGGUGGCGAAGCUGGUGGUCGGAUCCAAGUA